AUGUCGAUUGCGCCAAAAAGUUCCGACUCACGAGAGUCACUGAAUUCAAAAGCUGAAUCGGAAACAAGUUCGACAACAGAAAAAGAUUUGAAAAAGAAAAGAAGACGACGAGCGAAUAAAAGAAGAAGAGAUGAAAGUGAUGAGAUGAAAAAGGAAGAUCAACAAGGCACAAAGUUGAGGAGAUCACUUCGCUUGAACAGUCGUGGAGCGAUGGCCCCAAAAAACAGUAACUCUUUUUUGAUGAAAGACGCUGAGGAACGCAGCACAACAUCUGAUCAGAACUUUCAAAUGCUAUCGGAUGAGUCAAUGAUACCUGAUUUUUCAAAUGAUUUGAGUGACUUAACAUCGCAUGAGGUGAGCGAUUAUGAAGAGGAAUGCAAAAAGUGGAAACAAGAAGUGGAAGAAGAAGAAGCACAUGCAAAGAAGGAUUUGGAAAGGGAAUUGCUGGAUAGAGAGAUAAAACGAACAAAGGAUAUGAGUCGGAUUGAGUUGGUACGCGAGCUGGUGCAAAUGACGUUAAAGUAUCAAAGAAUGGUUGAUGAUGGAGGACGAAUAAAUCACUCACAAACAAAUGCAUCUAUACAGAUCUCUGAU